UCCACCUUCAGGUGGUCGCGACGCGUUCUCCAGAUCAUCGUAUCAUCAUCGCAUAGGAUUAUGAAGGACCAUUUUAGUGUCCUGGCAGUCGCGCUGCUGAUCGUGACCGUCGGUGCCCAGGAUCCCUCGUCCAAUUACCUACUCACCGGACACUCCACUCCAUGGAGCAACAGUCUGGCCCACCAGUUCUUCAGUUUGGCCUCCCAGCAUGCUCUACUCGAAAAUAGGACCAAAUCCGGCCUGGUGAAACGCGUCUACGAGGACCGAACCUUCGACGAUGACCUGUGCGAUCGGGAUGUCACCUUCAUCCGAGACUCUAUCGACAACCUGGAGGAGUGGGCUCUGGAAUUCCCGGACACAUGGGGUCGCAUGCCCAUGGGUCUCUUCUGGGGCCACACCAUCAGCAUGGGUCAGUACGAGGAGUGCGUGGCGGCGACCAGUACUCAUACCGAGGAGGUCCGCGGACAGUACUGCCUGGCCAGUCUGAACAUCACCACGUUCUACCAAUCGGUUAAGAAACGUGGCGAAGAGUUCACACGUAUUAGCUACAAGCAAACGGAUCCCCAGAUCUUUGAGCUGGGCAUCUGUGUUCCCAAGACGUGCAGUGCCGAGAAGGCCGAUGAGUUGCUUAAAUACGCCAUCUCCAAAUUUUACGGCCAGGAUGUGACGGAUUCGGAAACUCCAAUGGUCACCCAAACGCGCUGUAAAUACGAUGCACCCAUCGAGCUGCGCGGCAUUGAUAUUUUCGCCAUCAUUUUCUUCUCGCUGAUCAUCUUCUUCAUGGUGGCCAGCAGUGUGUACGAUUACAUUCAGACCCGCAAUGGAGCCCCCAAGAAACCCCUACUGCUGGCCUUCUCCGUGCUGACCAAUGCCCCCAAGAUCUUCACCGUGAAGAAGGUGAACAAUCCGAAUGUGAUCCAUUGCCUGAAUGGCUUGCGAUGCUUCAGUAUGAUGUGGGUGGUCUUCGGACACGGCUACAUGACCUUCUACGACCUGCCGCACAUCAACAAGAACAAGUUCUACACCUGGGUGCAGACCCCGUACUCGAUGUUGGUCCAGAACGGUUCCCUCUGCGUGGACACGUUCUUCUUCAUGUCUGGUCUGCUGAUGUGCUGGGGCGCCUUCCGCGAAAUGGAGCGCACCAAGGGCAAGCUGAACAUCCCGAUGAUGUACUUCCAUCGCUACAUCCGACUCACCCCGGUGGUCGCCGUCGUCGUUUUGUACAUCAUGUCGCUCUACAAGUACUCGGGCGCCGGACCCAUGUGGUUCAAGCUGGGCACCCAGGACAAGAGGUGCGCCGACACCUGGUGGGCCACGCUGAUAUACGUCCAGAACUACGCCUUCCCCUACAGCAUUUGCAUCUCCCAAUCCUGGUACCUGGCUGUGGACACCCAGCUCUACUUCCUCUCACCGCUGUUCCUCAUCCCGCUGUGGAAGUGGGGCAAGAAGGCCCUGGUGCCCAUCGUGAUCUUCCUGAUCCUGUGCCUGGGCGGCACCUUUGCCACAUUCAUGUUGAAUGACUUUACGCUCUUCCGAGUGCAGGACGAUCACGUGGAUCUGCGCCAGCGGUUGACCUACUAUCCGACCCACACGCGCAUUCCCACCUGGCUGAUUGGCGUGAUCUUUGGCUACUUCCUGUUCACCCGCAACCGCGGGCGCCAGAUUCCGAUGUCCAAGCCCAUGGUGUUGACCGGCUGGUUCGUGGCCUUCGGCACGAUGUUGGCCUGCAUGUGGGGACCCUAUUGGCGCAUCCUGCCCGACACCCCGGACUCGCCUCUGAUCGAGGGCGCCUUCUUUGAGCCCCUGAGCCGUACGUCGUGGGCCCUGUCCAUCGGCUGGAUCGUUUGGGCCUGCUACAAUGGUCACGGCGGCCUGAUCAACGACUUCCUCUCCUGGAGCUUCUUCACGGGCUUCAGCCGACUGUGCUACUGCAUGUACGUGAUCCAUCGCAUUGUCCAGCUGGUCAACGCGGCGCGUCUGCAGACGGACACCCACUUCUCCAACUACGAUGCGAUCCUCCGCUGGUGGCACGACUUCGGCAUCACCCUGUGCGCCUCCAUCUUCGCCACUCUGGCCUUUGAGGCACCCAUUUUGGGCAUCGAGAAGGCCAUCUUCGGCAAGCCGGCGCCCAAGAAGAAGCCCACUCCCGGUGAGCUGGCCAAAACUGCCGCUCCCGUCGAAUCGGAACCGGAAACGAAGCCGCAAGCGGUACCGGAAGUGGAGCCCAAGCUGAUCGAGGAGACCAAGGCGGACGUAACGCCCAUCCCCUCCAGCGAAGAGAAUCCAUCCAAGGCCUAAGCCUCCCAGCCUCGACACGAUUUUUUUUUUCCACCAUACGAACCAAUUUUUUGUGUGUAGUUAGUUCUAUUUA